AUGCAAGGAAGCCAUCAUAGCAAUGGUUUACCACGACCAUACUACAUGAAACCGUCAUCAAAGAAGAAGAAUUCCCCUUACAAUAAUCUCAAAGAGCCAAUAAUCUUUUUCAACACCCCUAGAAGGAAGCUUGUGGGUUAUGUGUUCAUGUUUCUAAUAAUUGGAACCUUGAUGUGGUGGGUCUCACAGGACUUAAAAGACAAGCCUGAUCUAGAGUAUGAGGUCGUUCCUGCUGAUCAACAUGCAUCAUCUUCUAGUAAACAUGGUUUAGAUAAUGAUAAUCAUAAUUUGGAUAACAUGGUCAAAGGAGUAGGUUCAAAAGCUGAUACUGAAAAAGAUAAUAUAGAUUUAGCCGGCAACUUGGCCGCUGGAUCAAAGGGUGAAAAGGGCUUAGGAGUAGCUGAAGCACCAAAGGGUGGUAUUGCUAAUGAGGCACCUUUAGUUGGCAAUGAUGCCGAUCAAAUCGUUGGUACUGGAAAAGGAAACGGUAAUAAGGCACAACAAAACAAGUUGGUGGGCCAUCCGCCGUCAAACGGGGGAAGCGAUGGAAAGUCCAAUGAGAGAAUAGUGCAACAGAUACUUGAAGAUACACAGUAG